AUGUACCAAGAGCACUACAAUGCUCUCUUCUCCAUGGACUUUGUGGAGACCAAGUACCCACAUGUUGACACAAUGAAGGCCCUUGGAAUCUUUGAGGAUGUGGAGCUAGUUCUCAAGAACAUGCACUUGGCCAAGUUUUCUCUUAUCACAUGGAAUCCUACAAGGAGCUCACUUGCGAGUUCUUUGGCUUCAAUGAGGUACCACAUGUACGAUGAGGAAGAUAGAGCUGAUUUGGACCAAGGAUUGGGAUGGAUCACGUUCUUGGCUAAGGGAGAGAAGAGAAUGGUGACCUUUAGGCAGUUGGAGAUCUUGUUUGGGUUCAACUAUGGAGAAGGUACCAAGUGGAACUUCAAGGAAGAAGGAACUCCAAAGGGUUUGGGCUACAAUCGCUGA